AUGGAUAGAAUGAAGAGAAAGACAUCUGCUGGUUUAAAAAAAACCAAUAAUCUUUCAAACCUAGAAGCACAUUUUAUUGGAUUUGAUAUUGAUGAUAAAGUACUGAUAAGAAUUGAAAAUAAGAAAAAAUUAUUAAAAAUGGAACUUAAAAAAGAAACGAGUGAGCCUAUGGAAGUAGACGAGCCAACUGACAGUCCAUCCAUUGGUCAUAAUAAUCAUGUUAAUAAAAAGAAACUAUCUAAAUCAAGAAAACCUAAUGGUAUAAAGAAUAAUUGGAGUAAUAAGAGGCAUAAGAAAGACAAUAUACGCAAUGAUACCUUAGAAUCAUUCAAAUUACAUGUUCCGCCUUCUUUAGAACUUACUACUCCUAAAUUCAACUUAACUUCUUCUAACACUAGAAUUCUCCGUAGUGCUGGAAGAAUAAAAAAUUAUGAUAUAAGAGAUGCUAUUUUUAAAAUCCCAUUUGAGCAUGGAUGGAAACGAGAAAUAGUAUACAGAUCAUCAGUUGAAUCUGGUGUUGUUACUCGGGCCAAUAGAAGUGGUGAUGUGUACUAUUAUUCUCCAAAUGGCCAGAAACUAAAAUCAUUACGAGACAUUAAGGAACAAUUGGAUAUUUCAUCUGAUAAAACUUCUCUUACUAUAGAAAGUUUUACAUUUGUAACAAAACCAAUUGGCAUAAAUGAUAAAUCAAAAGAACUGAUAAAAUAUAAAUAUGUCAAAUCAUUUAAGGAUGACACUACUGUUGGCGUUGCUGUUAAACCUAAAAAAUCUAAAACACCUAAACAACGCCCACCAUUUGAUUCUGAAUUGACAGGUGAUGGAAACAAAAAGUCUGUUAGUAAACCGAGACUUGAUUUAAAAAGAGCGAAGACUUCCACAACAUCAAAAUCUAAUAAAGAACUUAAAACUUCUACAUUCAAUUAUACUUAUAUAGAACCACCUAAAAAUAGAAUGCCUUAUGGUGCAGGAAGAAAUAUUAAUUGUCUAAUAACCGAUUCUAUUUUUAAACUCCCAUUUGAGCAUGGAUGGAAACGAGAAUUAGUAUAUAGAACAUCAAGUGAAUCUGCUGUUGUUACUGAGGACAAUAGAAGUGGUGAUAUAUACUAUUACUCACCAAGUGGCCAGAAACUACGAUCAUUACAAGAAAUACAGGAAUAUUUGAAUAUCUCAUUUGAUAAAACUACUCUAACUAUAGACAAUUUCACUUUCUUAGCAAAACCGAUUUUCGUGUAUGAUGAAUCAAAAGAACGAAUCAGAGAUGCAGAUUUCAAAUUAUAUAAGAAUGAGACUACUGAUGAUAUUGCUGUUCUACUUCAAAAAUCUAUAACACCUGAACAGCGCACACCACUUUAUUAUGGAUUGACAUUUGAUGUAAACAAAAAGUCUGCUUGUCAAAUGAGACAUUUUCUAAAUAUGUGA